CAACGCCAUCUCGAUAUCGAUUGGAGGAAAUACCAUAACAUUAUUUCAUUUUUAAAGAAAUUAGUUUAUAGUCAUAAAAUAAGUCAAAAUGAGCAUAGAAGAAAUGAUGCGGGUGCAGGCAUUAGACUGGAUGAAGGUAAAAACGACGAUGCAUCACGCCGCUUUGACAUCGAAGGAGUGCACGGGAAGGACUUUGGGUGAGGAUCGGGAGCCGUUGUGGGUGGAGGACAGUGGUAGCAGUUCAAAGGCGUCUCCCACAUCGAAAAAGAACUCAGUGGACUCAGAACCAAAUACGUUUUCUUCUUAUGACACUAAAUCUAACAACGCCAAAAAUGUGACACGGGAGAAAGAAGAGGAGGCCAAGGGUUGUGUUCUGCAGCAACUAAAGGCCCUCUCGAUGACCGACUCAGAACCCAGUAUAUCCUGCUUUCCCGACGCACAGGCUAUUAAUGCCAGCAUUGUGAAGCGUGAGCUAGAGGAGGAGGGCAAGAGAUGUGUCCGCCAGCAGCUGAAGGCCCUCAAAGAUAAACAGGAUGCCCUGCGGCUCUCGCGUGAGUCCCAACAAAAAGAGGAUGAGCGGCAGCGCGAACAGUUGCAACAAAAGGCACUGCGGGAACGCAAUGAUAUCCUAUUAAUCCAAAAGGCUGACCAAAUGACUACGGCCCAGUUGGAGGCCCAGCAACGCGAGCAAUUGGCCCUGCGCCAACAGACUGACCAGAAGCUACACAAACUAGCCCUGGAAGGCGUGUCUCGCUGCCAACGAAGAUUUAAUCAGAAGUACGAGGGAAUUGCCAGGAUACUGCUCUCCCUGGACAAGGAAACGGUCCAGGUUUGCUCCACCCAAAACACACAGCUUAAGGAACUGGGACAAAAAUUCGAACAUCUCGUAAGCACCGUGAAAAUGGGCAAGUGCGAGAUGCAAAGUCAGUACCUCUGCUCAAUCAUCAAGGCUGAGGAGUGCUGCAAGAGCCUGGAUACCUUGGAGCUGGAAAUCAUCAAGCAGCUGGCCGAAUUCUCUGAGCAAAUUCAGCAGCAGCUCAAAAUGGAGGCCGCUAAGAAGUUGGAAGAGGAACGCCAGAAGCAACUGGAUGAAGAGAAGCAGCGGCGGGAGAAGGAAGAGACGGAAGCUAAAGAGAAACAGCAACAACUGGCAGAGGCUGCCAAGGCAGAAGCUGCCAAAGCAGAGGCUGCCAAAGUUCCUAUUCCCUCGGAGCCAAAAUCGCAAGACGUGCCACCAGACGCAACUGCUACAACUUCUUCUUGUGUCCACCCAGACCGUUUAAAGUUCUACAACGAAAUCCUGUCGUUGUAUCAGACCAAAGUGGAUGCCGUGAAGCCACUGCAAACGGAAGAGUCGCUGAAGCAAUAUCGCACUGGCUGCCAGAGAGCCAUCAAUUUGCCCCUCAACGCUAUAUCAGCGGUCAGCCCACAGCAUCUGUCACAGAACUUUGACAAGCUUUACAGUUUCUUUGCUGGGCAGCCUGUUAAAGUGAUGAAUGGAGCUUCUAUUACUAUCAACGAUCAUCCUCUUGCGCGGGACUAUUGCAUGCUUUUGAUGGCCAAGAAGUUUGUUAGUCAAACGGAGACCGCUAUAUCCAGUAAUCCUCAAGCGGCUUUUCCCUUUGCCUCUGUUAUUGUGACUUUCUGGAAACUGCUGCCUGAUUUUGGAAAGGUUUUCCUUGCCUACAUGUACAAAGAGUCGCCAUUCCUGGUGCCCUAUGUGAUACCCCAGCAGCCGGGACAGACUCCGGAGCAGUAUCUGAAGACCAUAGGAUAUCGGCUGUCGGAAAAGAAUGAGUUGGAGAAGCCAGACAUGUAUCUCAAGCGCCAGACGGGAAUUGCACGACUCUACGCAGCCGUGAUCAUUACUCAAGGACGCAAGGCAGCCGGAAAUGAUCAAUGCUUUGAACUGGAAGAGGGCUGGGUCUGGCUAACCCACAUGGUGAAUGUGAAGCCAUUACCCGAUAUUAGUGCCACCAUGAUCAUGGAGAUCCUGCAAACGCUCGGCUUCGAGCUGUGGCGAACCUAUGGCAAGCAGUUCGUAAAACUUCUUGUUUACAUCCAGAAUAUCUAUAUGCCUCAGUUGGCGGCCUAUGACGAAGGCGGUCCAAAGACGCGCCUGGAAAUGCUCUUGGCCAAGUUCCUACGCGAGCGGCAGAUUCCUCAGGCCGUAGGAAUUCUGCCACCAGGCUUUUGGUAGUUUUAUGAUUUAAGCAAUUCUUUUAAUUUUCAAUUUAUGUAAUAAAAUCAAAAAUGUUAUUGUAAAACUGAAA